AUGCCGAUUGAAGCUCUUCCUCAGAAAACAAUCCGGGCGAUUGGCUCCACAUCUGUUAUUUCGGAUCCCUACUCUGUUGUCAAGGAACUUGUAGACAAUGCUCUGGAUGCUUCUGCUACGUCAUUGCAAAUUGAAAUUUCCCACAACACUGUCGAUGUCAUACAGCUCAAGGACAAUGGCCAUGGCAUCUCUGCAGAGGACCAGCAACAUGUCUGCAAGCGAGCUUUUACCAGCAAGAUCCAGACAUUAGAUGAUCUCAAAAAUAUCGGAGGGUCAUCAUUGGGAUUCCGUGGUGAAGCACUGGCAAGUAUCGCAGAGAUGUCUGGGGUCUUCACUGUCACCACUCGGGUUGAGUCUGAAGUUGCCGGUUUUUUUUCGAAGUAUGGAAGAAACGGAGAGCGUAUUGGAACACAACGGAUGUCACAUCCUGUGGGCACAACUGUUCGCAUCACGGACUUCCUCAAACACAUCCCUGUCCGCAGGCAGACUGCCUUGAAGGGUGCUACAAGGAAUCUCACGAGGAUCAAAAAGCUUCUCCACGCAUAUGCUAUAGCUCAGCCAUCCAAGAGACUCUCACUCAAAGUUCUUAAGGCAAAAACUGAAAACAGCAAUUGGACCUACGCGCCAAGCGUAGACGCAUCGCUCUCGGAUGCAGCUAUCAAGGUAGCGGGGACAGAAGUGGCUUCUUCUUGUAUCAUGAAGCGGCUUUCUUCCCAGAAUGCCGCCCGCAAUCAGCGAGAAUUAUCAGAUCAAAAAGAGUAUGAAGCCAUCGCUUUUCUUCCCAAGACACAAUUUGAUACUUCCAGAAUCAACGGUUCAGGCCAAUACAUCAGUGUGGAUGGUCGCCCUCUCUCUAGCAGCGGAGGGAUUGGACAUGAGAUCGUUAAAAUUUUCAAGCCAUAUGUCCGCGCCGCCGCAUCCAAAAACGAAUCUACCAAAUCAGUUAGCGAUCCUUUUCUCUGUUUGCAAAUUCUUUGUCCCCAAGGAACAUACGAUGUCAACAUCGAGCCAGCAAAAGAUGAUCUCCUCUUCGAAGAUCGAGAUGUAGUCUUGGCCUUGGUAGAAAAUUUGUUUCGCGACCACUACGGAGAAAUAGAUGGGAGGGAAGCAAGAACUUCCAACCAGGGCAAAGAGAGUGCUAGCAGAUCCGAUAGAGCCCCAGGAGGGUUUGAACUUUUGAUGGCUAGGAAGCCAGCUACUGAUCCUCCCACACAGACUCGCGAUCCUGAGAACCCCUUCCGUGGAGCUAUACCCCACACACCUCUCUCACAGAGGACACUUCAGUCAAAGUACGAUUUCUCGCCUGUGGUUCCUUCUAGCAGCAAAGGCCCCGAAAGUCAAGAAGAACUGUCCACUGCUAGAACCAAACGUUCUAGCUUCGUCAAUCCAUGGUCUAUCUCCAGAAUCAAUGCCUCAUUUCAAACAUCGGGACGCGGAAGCAAUUCUAUCAACCAAGCAAGCCCCGUUGAUCUAUCUAGUGGUAGCCUGCAGGGGCCGAUCGGAAGGGAGAGUCAAUCGCGAGGCUUCCAACAUUCUCCCAACUCAGACUUAGCAAGUCCUUCUACUUCUCGACUUGCAUCUGGGUCGCCAGUGAGGCGCCGGCGACAUCAUCCACAAGGAUCAACCGAUUCCUCCCCUGAGAGUAAUCGCAUUUCUAGCACCCGACGCGCUGAGAGGGAACGUGAUCGAGAUCGAUAUGGGAACGGAGCUCUCGAUACUUGGUUUCAGAGAACCACACAAGUCUCACUGCAGCAAGACCCUGUUGAGGAAGCACCGACUCAAGAACCGGACUCUCCACUAUCUUUACUUGCCCAGCAACGAUUUGGAUCACCUGCGGAUAGUUCGCCAAAUAUUAUACAUGUCGAUGCGCAGAAUGAUGGUUGUUCGGACAGUCCAUCUAAUAAUAGCCUCACCCUCGAAGACCACGGUGACCAUAUUACAGAGGCAAUGGAUAGUGGUCGAGGAUUUCCGGUUCUUGAAAGAUGGGCGGCUCAACUUCACGAAGGCGUCACCCAUGAGCAAUCAUCUGAUCUGGAUCUGGAAAAAGCACUCGACUUCGAAAGGCGGAAGAAAGAAGCCAUCCAGAACAGUCGCACACGCUUCAAGAAGAAUGAUAAACCGUCUGGUUCCCAGUCUGCUCCAAUAUCACAUUCGCCUCAUGGUAAUCGGUAUCUUGCCGCAAAAGCUGCGUUAACUUCGUCUCAAACUUCGAUCGGCGAGCCGGUCUCUGCCACAAUGCUGUCUCCUCAUGAUCCGCGAGCAUAUCUGAUCCGUCAGGAAAGGGACUAUCCUAUUGAUGAACCUUCAACAAAUGACGGAAAGGCUCGGAGACUACUCACUAGCAGACUUCCCUUCGAACGUAUACCCGAUGGUUCCGAUCUGCAUGAUCUCGGUUACACCUGGUCGGUUGACUUGUCGUCUAGCUCGAAUUCAUUCAAGCAGAAUUUGCCAGAAGAUCUAUAUACCGAAAACGAGAAUGGAACUACAGCAUUAUCCGCAUCUGAUCUUGAAACCUGCUUGCCCCUCUGGAAUACACGGCUGAUGCUUAUCAUGAAGCAGCAAUACAAGAACAAGGAUGAAUCAAAGCCUUUGAGUGUUGAAAUUGAUCUUGCUGCCACUAUUUCACAGCAUUUGAGAAGUUCGCAAUUAGCGCAACCCAAUUAG